UCCUUCACUAUCUACACAAAAAAGUGUCUACGAGUACGGAGACUUGUGCAAAAUGACAACAGUUAUGAAUCUCUUCCUGCUGAUUGCUUCUUUUCUCUGCAGCUCAGCUGCAGCUGUUCAGCCUUCUUGCACGGAGCUGUAUGCUUCGUACUUUUUGUCGCAGAAUUUCAAUGAGACGAUCGCCCACACAAUUCACUCCAUGAGCGUGCAGGGCCUUCGCCUGUUUAACCCGAGAGCAAAUGAGGAUAAUCGAGUUCCUACUGUGAACCACGACAUCCAUGACGAAAAAAAGCUGGUGCUACCGUUUGCUCCAGAGGAACCUCGUGGGGAAGAUUUCACCACUGAGACGAUGAAUAUCAUGGACGCCAUUUUGAGCCGGAUUGGUAAGGACGAUGACGGCCUGGGUCCGAAUUGGUCUUCAACUGAGCGAAUCGUUCACAAGUUUCACAUGAUUGACGUGUGGCACAGAGUAAGGGAAGUUUACCAAGAAGUGCUAGAAAACCCGCCGCAGGAUGAUCUGUGCACUUGCCUCUUGGACACUUCAUCAAACGGCAUCUACCAGGCAGUUCACUGGGUAGCAGAGCAUUACAAAUCUGGCACACCCAUUACCCUGUUAAACCGACCCAUCCCUAAGCUGAAAGACGCAAAGUCGUGGAAAGUGUGGAAGAGUCGUCUGUUGUACUACUACAAGCGACCGUCAUUGUAUGACAGCAGCUUGUUUCUUUACUGUGCCACUAAGCAUUUCUGAGCCGGCUGUGUUAACCACAGGAAACUCACCUGGCAAUGGGCGUGGAAAUAUUAACUAACGCGCUCAUUGUUGUUGUCCGCUAAACCCUUUG